UUCAUGUCAUGUGUAUAUCGAUAUAAGGAUGUUACUUCCUCGUUUUACACAUCAAUGUCCUUAGUAUCUGUAGUACUUUAAUGAUGUAUUCAGAUAGUCAGUAUGGAUAGAAGACACGGUUUAUUUCUUUUCAAAGCUUUGUUUUUUCUGUUGAUCGUUCAGAUACUUGGCGGCUUAAAAGAUUGUAAUCCAAAAAACGAUGCGUGUAAAUGUGAUGAAAAUAGUUAUAACCUCUCAAAUAGAAGUGGUAGUCAUGUACGUGAUUUGCGCAAAUUAAGUUACAGGAACAACACAACUUGUAUUAAUUUUAACGAUAACAACAUACCGGAAUUGACAUGCGACGAUUUUUCUCCUAUACCAAACAGCGUAAAACGUUUAUAUUUUAGAAACUGCAAAAUAAAGUCAAUUCAAUGCGAAAAUCUUUUCGAGAAUUUAACAAACCUUAUGGUUUUCGAUAUUGGAUAUAAUGAAUUGGAAACAAAUGCCUUUAUAGACAUAUUCACGAGUGUUGAACAGGCGUCAAAAUUAUCUAAACUCAGUCUAUCCAUUUCUGGAAACAAUUUAAGCGAAAAUGUUUCAUUUUCUUUCCUUCAUAAACUAAAAAGGUUUCGAGCAGAUGCCUGUAAAAUUAAUAACUUACAUCAAAUAUUGCAAACAAACGAAACUAAUAACAGUCUUAAAUCGUUAUCACUGCGACGUAAUCUGAUAAAUGAAACGUCUUUAGAAGCAUUUUAUGAUCAUGGCGAACAGUACCCAAUGCUAAAUAGUUUAGUACUUUCUUUAAAUCCGGUUAAAAACUUCAAUCGAAAUGUGUUCUCCAGAUUGCAAAAGCUAAGAAAACUUUGGAUUGCAAACUUUCAAGCUUUCAAUACAACAUUUCCAGGAAUAAAAUGUUCACGGCUGGAUCUACUUGACAUUAGCAAUUCGUUCUCUUUUAAUCCAGUGGAAGAAGUAAUAAACGUUUUUAAUAUCUCAAGGAACAUAUCAUUUCUAUUUUUAAGUGGAACUGACCUAGUAAACUGGACGGAAAAUGAUCUCCUGCAAUUGUUAAAUCCUUUGUCAGAACUAAAAAGCUUGAAUUUAUAUAACACAUCAUUAACGCAAGUUCCUUGUAAUCUUCUUAGAGCUAUAAAAUCCUUGGAAUUUAUAGAUUUGUCGAAAAAUUACAUUGCGGGUUGGAAUAAAACAUGUUUCAUUGAUAUGCCAGAAACAUUCAAAAAGCUUUAUCUAAGCCAAAAUCGUAUUAUUACAAUAAAUGAAACCUCAUUUCCGCAGCAGUUUGUGAAACAGCUUAUACAUCUUCAUUUAAGUGGCAACCUCUUUAAAUGUGAUUGCUCAACCCAUUGGUUUCGUUCUUGGAUGAGAGAUCAUUAUGGGAUACUUGAUGCGCUUUCUAAGGACAACUCUACUGCUUUCGUAUUUUACGAAUGUCAUUCACCUCAAAACAAUGGGACACUGCUUGUUGAUUUUGAUCCAACAUAUGAAGAGUGUCACGGCUUGUCUAUAGCUGAGUUGCUAUCUCUAUCUAUAUCAGGAUUUUGUUUUGUAUUGAUACUAACGCUGAACGCUUUGAUAAAAUUCAACUACAGAAAAGGUUACGAAGAAAUUGGCGAAUUUUCCAUGGUGAAACUUUAAUAAUUCGUUACUAUUGGAUGUUUUUUUAAAAACUGAUGCAAAGAAUACGGAGAGGGAUUUUUCUUAAACAAAAGCAAAAACAAUGUUAAUGCCUGUGAAACAUUACGCAUUGAAUCAUAAAACAAAACAAAAAUUGCAAACGGAUUCGCUUCUAGUCAAAAGUUGUUUUACUCCAUUUUUCGUCGUGUUAAAAAAAAAGAUUAUAAAGCUGGUGUCUCAUAUCUAACCGUAAGACAUCAUCAAAUUCGUAAACCAUCAUGUAAAUCUGAACGAAUGAGAAAUUUUGAAAUUAAAACACGUUUUCAGGACAAAGGAUAGGCUAUACUGGUUAACAGUAAAAUAAAACAGACAUUCAAAAAUAAUAAAGAAGCAAAGUAAAAAUCUGAAAACUCAACCAAGAGCAACACAAACACCUUUUAAACAAAAAUAGGGUCGACUUUCAACUUUACCACUUGGAACCCUUGGUUUAAUAGUUUACUUGUAAGAAGCACCCUUCUAUUAAGGAAUCAUGUAAGGAAACGCAAGUUCUCGAAUACAUGUUUAUUAUAUUAUAUGUCAAAUCCUAAAUCGGCCCAUUUCCAUACAAGUUAAAAAAUGAAUUAAUCUGAACACCAAAGACGAACAUCCAACACCAAAUUAUAAAUAUAAACAUCCAUUGUCGGGGUAAUAACUAGGCUUUUAUCUUGUUCAUAGUUUGAUAGAAGGAACCGAAAUGCAUAAGAAACUUUGAUAGCAGGUACUUCAUUCAAUUAUAUUGACAUAAUAAACAACCCAACACAGGUGCAAGUAAACAAAUACUUAAUAACGAGGAAAGAAAGAACGCUUGUAGUUCACAGGCACUUGUAACUGAAUAAAAAACGUAUAAACUGUAUUAUACUAAAGUAUACAGGUAAUUUUUUUUCAGAGACAAGUGCCUGUGUUGCAGUAACUGUAAACUCGCACAAAGACUAAUUCCGUUGAUAUAGAAAAUAUGUUGUCUGAUAGUUUAAUAUCGGCAUCUAUAGUUCAUUGUAUAGGUAUAAUACAGUCAUGAACUAUGUUGUCUGAUACUGUUAUGUCGGUAUCUAUAGUUCAAUGUAGGUAUAAUACAGUCAUGAACUAUGUUGUCUGAUACUGUGAUAUCGGAACCUAUAGUUCAAUGUAGGUAUAAUACAGUCAUGAACUAUGUUGUCUGAUACUGUGAUAUCGGUAUCUAUAGUUCAAUGUAGGUAUAAUACAGUCAUGAACUAUGUUGUCUGAUACUGUGAUAUCGGUAUCUAUAGUUCAAUGUAGGUAUAAUACAGUCAUGAACUAUGUUGUCUGAUACUGUUAUAUCGGUAUCUAUAGUUCAAUGUAGGUAUAAUACAGUCAUGAACUAUGUUGUCUGAUACUGUGAUAUCGGUAUCUAUAGUUCAAUGUAGGUAUAAUACAGUCAUGAACUAUGUUGUCUGAUACUGUGAUAUCGGUAUCUAUAGUUCAAUGUAGGUAUAAUACAGUCAUGAACUAUGUUGUCUGAUACUGUUAUAUCGGUAUCUAUAGUUCAAUGUAGGUAUAAUACAGUCAUGAACUAUGUUGUCUGAUACUGUGAUAUCGGUAUCUAUAGUUCAAUGUAGGUAUAAUACAGUCAUGAACUAUGUUGUCUGAUACUGUGCUAACGGUAUCUAUAGUUCAAUGUAGGUAUAAUACAGUCAUGAACUAUGUUGUCUGAUACUGUGAUAUCAGAACCUAUAGUUCAAUGUAGGUAUAACACAGUCAUGCACUAUAUUGUCUGAUACUGUAAUAUCGGUAUCUAUAGUUCAAUGUAGGUAUAAUACAGUCAUGAACUAUGUUGUCUGAUACUGUGAUAUCGGUAUCUAUAGUUAAAUGUAGGUACGAUACAGUCAUGAACUAUGUUGUCUGAUACUGUGCUAUCAGUACCUAUAGGUCAAUGUAGGUAUAAUACAGUCAUGAACUACGUUGUCUGAUACUGUGCUAUCGGUAUAGAUCUAUAGUUCAAUGUAGGUAUAAUACAGUCAUGAACUAUGUUGUCUGAUACUGUGAUAUCGGUAUCUAUAGUUCAAUGUAGGCAUGAAUAGUACUGUAAAGCCACAAGUUGAUUUGUAUAAUAAAAAAAAAAUCCUAUAUAGAAAAAAUGAAGCAUUAUAGAAUGUUUGGUUUUCUCCCUUUUGGAGAACUUGACGUUGAUUGCAGAUGGACUCUGUAACAUUCAUUCACAACUGUGUUGGGACUCGGACGGGGCGAUUAAGACCUUGAAAUUUUUUACACAUCUAUGUCUGUUGUUGAAAGACCGUAUGCUGAUCUCUGCAGGUCUUUUGGGGAAAAAAAUCGCUGACGUUGGGUUGCUGUCUUAUUGACGUACACCCCAUAUCUACUGAUAUUCAUUUCAAAUGAAAUUUUUAAGAUGGAUCAUCAAUAAAUAUUUCUUGAUAUACAAUUUUUUUUAUACUUUGCCAAAAUGUAUAUUUUACCAUGCUGUUUUCAAAAAAUAGUUUAAUAGAAAGUAUGGGUCACCGUGCAAUUUCUCAAGCUACUAGUUGUGCAAUAUUGCCCAUGAAAAAACACUUUUUUGGGGGAAAAAAGAAAUAUAUCAGAGAGAAUUUUGAAAUAAGAUAUGAGAAAAUAGGUUUUUGAAAUGCUUUCGGAAAAUAAAAAGAAAAAAUGAUAUCCCCGACGUUAUUUUCUUGCUCCAAUUAAAAUAUAAAAUUUCAAUAACAUUCCUUUAUAAAAUUUUACUAUAAGAGGUAUCUCCCCGUUGAAAAAUUGAAUCGAAUAAAAACAAUAUUUGGCAUUUGUAAAAAUAUACUCCUAAUAAUACAAUAAACCAUUAUUUUUUCUUUGUUUAAAUAAAGAAAAAUACACAUAAAUUUCAAAACUGUCUCAAAAUUUGCAGGCUUAAAAUUAAGCAAAGAACUAGACCGAUUAUAUGCUGCUAUUUUACAAUCCAAGAUGUCUACAUUUAGUCGCUAAUCAAAUACAUCAAGGAAAGUGAAAUUAUUUAUUUGUUAUUCUCUUUACAACAUGAUAGAGAAAUGUACUUGUAAUCGGUGUUCCAAGGGUCAAAGUAAAAAAAAACAAGAAGUACGAUGUUUAAUGCAUUUGAUUGGUUAAUAGUUUUGUUUUUGUACAAAAAUAUUUUAUUAGCGAACUGAUAAUAAGCACGGUGAAUAAAUAAUAUCAACAUUUUUUAUUUCCUCCUAUAUUUGUUUUUCUUAUCAACUUUACGUCAGUUAUUUUGGCUAUGUAUUUUUUAGUAAGCGGAAGAAAGAUUAAACUGUUAGGGGCCUAUAUCAUUUUGAGUAAUGCUUGCAUAGGUAUGAUUCCCCUCUGCUUAAAUCGAACAUUCCCCUCUGCUUCAAUCGAACUCGCGCAAUGUUUUGAUGAGCUGAAAUGUAUAUCAAAUUUGGAAGGCGAAAUGAAGGCGCUAUUUAAUUUAUAGGAAUUAUUAGUAAUAUAUCUUGACUAGUCCCUCUCCAAAAGAAAGUCGUCCAGUAAUAAGUUAAUUGUAUAAUUAGAUACAAUAACUAAAAGCGUUUAAACAAAAACUGCGCAUGCACUGUGUGCAGCAUCUUCGCUAACCAAGGGUUACGAUCCACUUCCCUCCUCUCCACCCUUGGCAGAUUAAGCCAACAUUUGUGGUAACAAUGUUGCGCCAUCUAUCGGUAGAUUAAAGUCACGCCCAUUCCUAAUACAUUAUUCUUGGCCAAUGGUAGCACUUGAACUCUUCAAUUUGGAGGUAAAAACACGGUAGCGUCUAGAUUCUACACACUUGGUAAAGCAGGAAACGAAAAUAUACGUUGACAUUAAUGCAUUUGUGCAAGAAACAUACACAGGAACUUCUAUUAGUUGAUUAAAAACAUUCAAGUUGUCACUAAAUAUAGUCGUAUGUUUAGGGAUGUAAAGACUUGUUGCACAAUAAGCACGUGGUAAUUGUUUACAUACACUUUCUACAUUUACACGUGAUCAUGUUAUAGACGCUUUUUGAUUGAAUGCAGUGAGUUUCGACUGCAACCAAUGAAAAUCAUUACCUUGUGUCUCCGAAAUUCUAUCUCAAUCCGCCAAGGGUGGAGAGGAGGGAAGUGGAUCGUAACCCUUGGCUAGCGAAGAUGUGUGUGCAGUUUUAUUACUGACAAAAUACUUUCAAUGAGAUGUUAUAGAGUUAAAUAAUAUGAGAUCAAUGGAAGGACAUGAGGAGAAUAGUUAAUGAGGCAGCUUCAAAACUAUCAAAACAAGAUUUCUAUGAGCUUUUAGGUAGACCAUUGUGGUACAAAAGUCGUAAAAAAAAGUCGAAGUCCCAGAACUCUAAUAAAAAGGGUCAACAGUAUAAUAGGGUCAACUACAUCUGAUGGCUAACAAUCCUACCAAGUAUGAAAGCUUUUUGGGCAAAUGGUAUCAAAGGAGUUGCGUUCACGAGUAUAAUUUUAGUCCACAAAAUGGUCAACGUUCCAUAACUCAAAUAAAAAUGGUAAUUUUAAAGAAUAAAAAAUGCGAAUUUAUCAACCAAAAUAUACGUUAUAAAUCUCAAGACUUAACAGCGUUUCUUCUAAAUUAUAUUUUUGAACAUGUUGCCUUUUUUGGGCGCAGGGGACAAUAUUCGGUCUUUCUACAUCGUUAUUUCGAGAAAGAAUUUUUCUGUAGAUAAUUUUAGCACUUUUUCUUGUUUUGUUUUAUUUAGUCCUAUGUAGCAGCAUCAGAUGCUAAAUGAAUGAGGGGAAUGCUCUUCAUUACCAGUAUGUUUUUAAAAAUUUCUCUGGAAACCAGUCAAAUAUUUAUCUUACGUAUACAUGGUAUAAAGAAAGAAAUUACAUGAAAAAGAUUGUAGAAAUAAGUUACCUAAACAUUAAACAAUGUACGUAUUUCAAAUGAGUACUACAGUUCUUUAAAUAUUUGUGACAGAAAUACGUGUAUAUAUUCUUCCUUGUCCAAUAAUUACAUUCUAUUUCCUUGUUUGGUUCCGUGACAUACUAUUGAUUGAUUUCAGAUUACUAAAUUACCUUAUCUGAUUGAUGACUUUAAAGAAUCUCUGAUUGAUGACUUUAAAGAAUCUAUUGAACAAUUAGAUGAAAGAAUCUCUUAAACAAUAAAAUGGUAUUGGGAUGUGCAAUAAUCUCUUUAACAAUAAUAGUGUAUUGUGAUUUGAAAUAAUCUCUUAAAAAAUAAAAUUGUAUUGUAAUGUGAAAGAAUCUCUUCCACAAUAAUAUUGCAUUGUGUAGUAUACAUAUAGUAUAUAGUAUUGCAUAGUUAUUCUACAAGUUAUAGAAUUCUAUCAUAUAUAUACAAACUAAAUUUAAACAAAUUAUCAACUCAGAUUGUAAUUCCUUUUGAAUUAUAAUAUCAUAUGCAGUAUAAUCAAACAAUAAAAUAUUCGUAAAUAAUAAUAAUAGUAGAUCUAAUGAUUAUUAUUUUUAUACUUUUUAUCUUUAUAGAUAUUUUUAUCAUUUUUUAAUCAUUAUUUAAACUAAAAUAAAAUAUGUUCACUUAUGACAGUCAUAAGAGCAUCAUAGGUAUGACUAUCUUAGGACACCUUUGAUUUACAUUCUAUGAUAUAUCAUAUGAUAGUCAUAAGAUGGUCAUAAAAUUUGUCCUAAGAUAUAUCUUAUUACAUAUCUUAGGAUAGUUUCGAAAACCAGGCCCCAGGAAACUAAUUUUUCAUAAUAUUUUUUGUAAUCAUAUUGCAAAAAAUAUAGAUAAUAUCAAAGUAGGUAUAUUUUCUGGUUGGGACUGUGUUUUCUUACGUGAAUCGGUCCAGUUUUUUUGAGUGCAGACCAAAUUCUGUUUUGAUUCAAAAAAGAAGCAAUGUUUUGAUUCAAAAAAGAAGCAAUCAAAUCGAUUUCCUCUUAUAUCGCAAGUUUAUCACUUUAAUUCACCAUAGUCAGACUAAUUCUACUAUUUCACCUAAAAUUCAGCUUUUUUACAUUGUCAAAGUUUUUUCGAGUACUACAAUUAAAACGGCAAUUUUUUUCAGAACUAAUCCGGGUUUGACAAGGAAAAUAGAAACAAAAAUCAAAAGCAUUUGUGGCCUUGAAAACAAACUUUUUUUAAUUACUCUAUGAAAGUGACUGACAUGAAUACAUAUUCAUAAAAGACCAAAAACAAAUAUAUAACUACGUGAUCAAAUUCAACCCUUGUCGAUUUAAAGGGAAUGUUCUGUUCCGUACAUUUUACCUUAACCUCGCAGUAUUAUGGUACGUACAAUAGAAAUCACUGGGCCCUUAAUAAAACGUUUGGGUUAAACAUGGUUGUAACUGCUCAACCCCGUCCCUUGUGUUUACCUUGGACAGUGGUUUACAGCACUAAAUAAGAACAAUCAGUAAUAGAUUGGAAAAGGACUUGACUCGUCAGAUCGGCUCAAAGUAUCAAAAUCAAGACACAAAGCACAUUAUUAAUAUAUUUAUCCAAAUCAUCGGUUUCAUGUCUUACCAGAAUAGAAAUCUGUUUGUGCACAUUUCACAUCAUAUUCCCUAUUCACGCAAACAAGUGGACCUACUCGAAAAAAGAAAACCCGAUCAAAACACAAGAAAAAAAAAAGAACCGGCCUGGCGAACACUUUACAUAUUGCGCAUGUGAUAACCUUGAGAUGUUGAAAAUUAUCAUGUACCUUAACUGCAAAGGUCAGGUGCAAAAGUCAUAACGUCUUGUAAUUGGAUAUAAGAAGAUGUGGUAUGAGUACCAAUGAGACAACUCUCCAUCCAAGUCAAAAUUUAUAAAAGUAAACCAUUAUAGGUCAAAGUAAGGUCUUCAACACGGAGCCUUGGCUCUCACCGAACAGCAAGCUAUAAAGGGCUCCAAAAAUUACUAGUGUAAAACCAUUCAAACGGGAAAACCAACGGUCUAAUCUAUAUAAAAAAAAACGAGAAACGUCAGUUUCCUUGUUAACAUUUUGGUAAAUACGAAAACAAUAUGUUUCAAUAUCUUUCCUUUUUUUACAUCGAUUUUCAGUCAUAGAUUGUUUAAUCAAAUUAAACAUUCGUCCUUAAUAUGCCUGAAAUAUUUCCCACAAGACGUUAAGCAAUCAAUAACCUAUUAAUCGCAUAUUCAAUCAAAUUAAAAAAAAGUUAAGUUUCUUCCUGUUGAAAGGAAAUAGAUAAUUUUGAAAUGAAACAGGUCCAGUAUAUAUAUUUAUUGAAAUCUUCGCUACUCAGUUCUAUCUCUAUAUAUCUAGAUUGAGUCUGUAAACGGUAAAAUAUGCAUUUCUUCCCUUAGCAUGUUAUAUUCGGUAUCUUAAUCUUGCUGGACAUCCCUUUUUAAAAUGUGUCUUAAUUUUUCAAAACAGUUAUCUAUAUUUGUAUAAUGUGUGGCAAUUUUAAGAAACUUUUUGCAUAUAUGCCUAAGCUUACUAUUAGAGAAAUGAUGCAUUUUAUAUUUGCCGUGAAUAUUACAUAUGAUAGACAAAAAACUUUCAACCAAUCAGAAGACGUGUUACAUCCAAAAUUAAAUUAUAAAAAUAAAUCGAAAGAAAAUAGAAUUUGAUGUAAACUGCUGAAAAAUUAUUAACAUAUGAGCUGCGUCGGAUAGAAAUCGAUCUUAUGCAAAUAAAUAUCAAUACAUCUGUUAACCUAUUUUGGGUUGAUUAAAUCUCUACGGAAAGUCUGUAACUGUGAAAAUUGAGUUGUUAUAUAAAGAACCCUACAGAACAGACCAAAAUUCAUCUUUUAUUUCGUAUUUGAAUGUUCCAAAAUUAAUCAAAGGUUUAUACAUGUACAUGUAUGCAUGAACUUGCAUAAGGUCGAUUUCUAUCCAACGCAGCUCAUUUAUUAAUUAAAUGUGACAAAUACCACAGGGAGCGAAAACAAGUUUUUACUAUCAUAUCCAAUAAAGGGGAAAAUUUUAGCCAGUUAAACGAGGUGGAAAAGUUCUUUUAUAUAUUCAAUAAUGAGGACAAAUGUAUUUUAUAUUUUCUCAUGUUUCUGAGUAAAUCUUUAUGUUAUCAAACGCUUUAAACUUCUUUUAAAUUCUUACCCAAGAUAUCUGUAUUGCUUUGUGUAAAUGAUAUUGACUUUUUCAAUAAUUAUGUACAAGAAAAAUAAUGUAUGGUUUUUUUUUUUUUAUUUGUCGCAUUUAUAUUCUAUUAAUCCAGUAAUUCUUUCCCUCAAGUAUUGUUCUUUUGUACUUGUUUAUUGUUAAGAUUUGUUGUCCCUUGUGAGCCCAGUAAUUUGGAAUAAAGUAUAUUCUAUUGGCA